AUGUCCAACCUCUUUCAUCGCCUCCCUCCGCCAGCGGAAUGUCUCGCACUCAUCAUUGGAACACUCGAGCUCCUUCCAUUCGGCAUCAUCGGCUUGCGCAAUCCAGCCUUCUUCGCUGAUGGCUACGGUCUUCCCAUCUCUGACGCGCCUGCUUCAAGCGACACGUCGAAAUCAUCGAAGCCCAACACGAGCGGCACAUUGUCCGAAGCCCAACAACAAACAAAGAAGGCGUUGGUCGCAGCAAUUGCAGCGCGCAAUGUGCAGAAUGGGAUCCUUUUGUUGACUUUUGGGGUAGUGCUGCGAGACCGAAGGAGUCUGGGUGUCGCCGUAAUGGCAGGGCUGGUAGCGACAGUCGCAGACACAGUCAUCGUGCGGGCCUACGGGGUGAAAGACAAGAUCGCGGGCCAUUAUGUUGGAAUAUUCAACAGCCUCGUUGUUGGCGGCAGUCUGUUAUACUGGGGGCGAGACGACCCCUUGUGGUAGAUGUGAUAAAAUGAGAUAAGCUUCACU